AUGCCACCAGUUCAACAACAAAGAUACGUUCAACAUCAACCAUCAAAUUUUGAUAAAUUCAAAAUGGGUGCUAUAAUGGGAUCCACUGUUGGUGUAUGUGUUGGUGUGUUAUUUGGAGGGUUUUCAAUUUUACAAAAUGGUGCUGGACCAAAUGGUGUGAUGAGAACUUUAGGCCAAUAUAUUAUGGGAUCUGUUGGUACUUUUGGGUUAUUUAUGAGUAUAGGUUCAGUUAUUAGAUCUGAUCCUGGUUACCAAGCUUAUCAACAAGCUUUAAUGGCUUCUCAAAGAAGAACCUUUAGAUCUGCUUAUGGUUUGGACAAUUAG